UUAUAAGAUAGAAUUCUAAUCUUGCACCGCACAGAACAAACCAGCUUCGAAAUAAUAAUAUGCCGUCAUCUCUGCAAAUCACUUCGCCUUCAUUUGCUUUUGAUUCGCCGAGAAUUUUGGGGCUGAAGAUAUUACGGCACCGUCAUUUCCUCUGCUCUUCUUCUUCCUCUCCGAUUGAGCCACCUGAUGAUGGAAUUCAUGAAGAUCCGAAUUGCACAAGAAAGAGGAUUGAUUCAAAUGUGAUUUUGAGGGAAAGGAAUGUUAAUGGAACUUAUAAAAGGUAUACAAUGGAUAAUAACUCGUAUUUAAGAACUUUUCUCGAUAAACAGAAUUUUGAAAGUAAGGUCCCCAGGCGUUUCCAUCUUUUUGGUGUAGAAUUAUCUUGGCUACCAGAUUCCAUCAAAGUCUUCUUCUUGCCUGCUGGAUUUCCAGGAUCAGUUUCAGAUGAUUAUUUGGAGUACAUGUUCUUGCAGUUUCCCACCAAUAUCACUGGCUGGAUAUGCCACGCAUUAGUGACGUCAAGCCUCUUAAAGGCUGUUGGAGUGGGAUCUUUCUCAGGGACUACUGCAGCUGCUGCUUCUGCUGCCAUUAUGUGGGUUUCAAAAGAUGGCAUUGGUGCUAUUGGCCGCUUGAUUAUUGGUGGGCGAUUUGGUGAUCUUUUCGAUGAUGACCCAAAACAAUGGAGGAUGUAUGCAGACUUCAUUGGAAGUGCUGGAAGCAUAUUUGACCUGACCACACAAUUAUAUCCCACUUAUUUCUUUCCAUUGGCAUCGCUUGGGAAUCUAACUAAGGCUGUGGCAAGAGGAUUGAAAGAUCCAUCAUUUCGUGUUAUACAAAGCCACUUUGCAAUCUCAGGAAAUCUGGGGGAGGUAGCAGCUAAGGAGGAGGUCUGGGAAGUAUCUGCUCAGUUGCUUGGUCUUUCUCUCGGCGUAUGGAUUCUGGCAACACCAGGUCUCUCAUCUUCAUACCCAAUAUUGACAUUUACGUGGUUCGGCAUGCGCCUUUUACACCUUUGGUUGCGUUAUCAGUCUCUUUCAGUCCUCAAAUUUGACAAUAUAAAUCUCAAGCGCGCUCGUGUACUUGUGAGUUCUCAUAUUUUGGAUGAUACUGUACCAGGUUGUUCUGAUUGCAAUAAAUCAGAAAGCAUCUUAUCAUGGCAAAGGUUCUUGAAACCGCGAAUAGAUUUUGGUGUGUCAGUUGAAGAUAUGCUAGAUGGUGAAGGGAAAUCUGUUUCCAUGGUGAAAAAACUUGUGGAGUUAUAUACAAAGGAGAAAUACAUCCUUGUCGUCAAGAAAUCACAAAACUCGGAAUUUCAGGCGUUUGUUUCAUUCAAGGUAGGAGCAACCGGAGAGUCGGUUUUGAGAAGUGUUUGGCAGGCUUAUUGGCUAUACCAUAAGACAGAAAUUGAAAGUUAUUCUAUUGAGAUCGAGAAGCUGGAGAAAAGCCUGUUAGCAUUGGAAGAUGGUUUUCGAGAUUUUAUUGUGCAGUUGGAGUCUGCUGGAUGGGAUAUUAAGAAAAUCAACCUUAAGAUCCCUAAAGGGUUUCUCAUUGAAGAAUUGGAUGAAUCGGAAUCCGACACAUGCAAGUAAGGACUUCUUUUUUACUAUUUUCUUCUUUAGAUUAUUGUAAAAAUACAAUUGAAAUCCACAAUAAUAGUAAUAGAAACAAAUGGAGGGAGUGUCACUCUGAUGGUUAUUCAUGGGAAACCAUAUAUAAUAAUAAUUCAGAA